CGCGUGGCGGAUCACAGGCUCACAAAUUUCAUUCACAAAUUGACGUUAGAAGUUUUAAAUUUUCGAUUUAUGAUUAUGACAACAUUAUGGAAAAGUUUCUAAAAGAAGGAUCAAGUUAUAAAAAGCAAAUGUAUUUUUCGUUAGAUAAUGUCCAUGGACGUCGUACCAAAAGAAUUGAGAGGUCUACGAGCGUGCUUAGUUUGUUCUUUAAUAAAGACAUUUGAUCAGUUUGAAUACGAUGGUUGUGACAACUGUGAUGAAUUUCUUCACAUGAAGAACAAUAAAGACAACGUUUAUGAUUGUACUAGCAACAAUUUUGAUGGAAUGAUUGCAGUCAUGAGUCCAGAAGACAGUUGGGUCUGCAAAUGGCAGCGGAUAAGUCGUUUUUGUAAAGGUGUGUACGCAAUCUCGGUCUCUGGCCGCCUGCCCGCCGGUGUAAUCAGAGAGAUGAAAAGCCGUGGCAUUGCAUACCGUUCCAGGGAUACUAGCCAAAGAUAGAAUUCUAUUACUGCAUUUAGAGUCUUGGUACUUGUUGUGUUAACUUAGUGAUUUUGGGACCUGCAGGCUAGUUAACACUUUCCGUCUCAGUACAAAAAUUUGGUUUCAACUAAUUUGCUGAUUAACUGAGUAACUGUCGCUAUUAAGGGAUAUAUUAGCAUGUUAAAAUUAAAUUUUGUAAUGAGAGUACAUUUUUAUGAUGUUAUAGCAUAUAUUUCUGUAAAUUAUCAUAAUUUACCUACAGACAUACCAUAAACUCUCUAUAUUGUGUUCAAAAACAGCAAAUUACGACCAGCAUCAAAGUAAACUGUUUUGUUAGAACAAAUUUCUUAUCUGUGAAAAUAUUAUUGCUUCAUAAUAACAUCGAUUGAUGUUAUUAUUACAUUAAAAUUUCGAAUAUCUCUGAAAAACAAAACAAUUUGAUUUGACCUCAAUAAAAUAUCAGUUGAGAUUUGGUUGAGAUAGAAGUUUUAUUCAAAAUUAAAUGUCAAUAGCAAACAAUUUUGACAAUUUCACACGUUACUUGAUACCGAACUAUAUGAUACUAGUUGGGGCUGAUUCUAGUUUGCCUAUGAAAUAAAAGUAAAAACUGCGUUUGUGUGACAUGCGUGACAAAAGUUUUUAUUUGCCGCCAUUUCGGCAGUCGUAACAUGCAGUUCCUGAACACAUCACAGAGAG